AUGGAGUCCAACGGUGCCAGCACCACGCGACACCCAAUGGCGUCACCUCACCGCCUAGCACGCAGCCCCGGCUCGGCCUCCCGCGCCGCGCCGGCCUUCUCGACCGCCAACUUCGUGCGCUCUCUCCGCAAGGCAGCAUCCUUCGGUUACAGGAAGCCCAGCGCCGGCGUCGACGACGCGGCGGACACGACGCGACGACGCAGCGCGGACACUGUGGUGAUGUCCCCGUGCAGGUCGUCACCCGAGCCGGGCUUCGCUGCGAGGGGUGCCUGGGAUCAGCAGACGAGGCGUAGGCGGAGCACCGGGCAGUCGUCGCCUUCCGAGGGCGUCGGCAGAGGGCCGAGCGUGCCGAGGAAGACGGCGACGACGCCUAAGAAGGAGGACGUGGCGCACCGGGCGCGCGUGCUCACCGCGCGGCUGAUGCAAUGGCGGCUCGCGAACGCACGUAUGGAGAAGGCCAUGACUCGCGCCACCCACGCCGCCGAGAGCAAGCUGCUCUACGUGUGGCGGCGCGUGGCCGAGCUGCGCAACAUCCACACGGCGAAGCGGAUUGUGGCGCAGCGGUGGCGGCAGAAGGUGAAGCUGGGCAGGCUCCUGCGCCCGCAGCUCCCCGUCCUCGUCGCAUGGGAGACGCUCGGAGAACCGCACUCCGACGCUGUGGCAGACCUCGGCCGGGUGCUCUCCGCCGCCUCCACCUCCCUCCCCUUAUCCGACGGCGCCCGAGCCAACCUGGAGCUGUUGCACGAAACCAUGCUUGCUUGCGCGCGCACCGUGGAUGAGAUCAAAGCCAGGGCUGACAUGUUCUAUGCCACGGGUAGUGUCACCAGCAGCUCGGUCGACGAGCUCGCGAGGACAAUGCAGGAGGAGAUGGCAGGGAUCGAGGAGGUCAUGCGGCUGUGCAGGAUUGUCACUAACCUCCAGGUUCAAGAAGUAAGCCUUCGAGCUAAUCUAAUUCAGGCAAAGCAAAAGAUUGACUACUCCUAG